AUGUCAAAUAACGUCGCUCCAGAUUCGUGGGAAACUCAAGCUGAUUCCUCGCCAGUUGACCAAGAUGGAGAUUCAAAUGAUCUAUCGGCAAAAUUCUCCACGUUGAACGUGAAUGCUGCCGAAUUUGUGCCUUCUUUUUCAUUUAGUUCGCCUUCCGGUGAUGGAGAUGAUAACUCUAAAAAAAAUGAUACUAGUAAUAAUUCCGAUGUAAAAACCUCCGUAUUCAAUGAUAAUGGGUGCAAUAAAGCAGUAGAUGAUCUAGGACUGGGAGCAGAUCCACCAGGAGGGAAUAAUGCUCCUCCACCUUUAGUUGAUUCUUGGGAAGAUGAUGAUCCACUUUUAACACCUGACAAUGAUGAAGACGAGUUAGAAGAUCAGUAUAAUGAAACUGUAAUUAAACCUAAGAAAAGACCUGUUAAAGGUACAGAAGAAACUAAAAGUAAAAAAGAACAUGUUAAUGUUGUAUUUAUAGGGCAUGUCGAUGCUGGUAAAAGUACUAUCGGUGGACAAAUAAUGUCUUUAACUGGUAUGGUAGAUAAAAGAACUUUGGAAAAAUAUGAAAGAGAAGCGAAAGAGCGAAGCAGAGAAUCGUGGUAUUUAUCUUGGGCCCUUGACACAAAUCAAGAAGAAAGAGAAAAAGGGAAAACUGUCGAAGUUGGUAGAGCAUAUUUUGAAACGGAAAAAAAACAUUUUACUAUUUUGGAUGCUCCCGGUCAUAAAAGUUUUGUACCUAAUAUGAUAGGUGGAGCUGCACAAGCUGAUUUAGCUGUACUUGUUAUAUCUGCUAGAAAAGGUGAAUUUGAAACUGGUUUCGAUAGAGGGGGGCAAACUAGAGAGCAUGCAAUGUUAGCUAAAACUGCAGGAGUAAAACAUCUUGUUGUUCUCAUUAAUAAAAUGGAUGAUCCAACCGUCGAAUGGAGUGAAGAUAGGUACAAUGAAUGUAGAGAUAAAAUUCUUCCUUAUCUUCGUAAAUUAGGUUUCAAUCCAGCUAAAGAUUUAACAUUUAUGCCUUGUUCAGGAUUAACGGGACUGGGUUUGAAAGAAAGACUAGAUGAAUCUUUUUGUCCUUGGUAUCAAGGAGAAGCAUUCAUUCCCUUUAUAGAUAACCUUCCUUCAUUAAAUAGAAAAAUGGACGGACCUUUUAUAAUGCCAGUAGUAGAUAAAUAUAAAGACAUGGGAACUGUAGUUAUGGGAAAAGUUGAAGCUGGAGAAGCAAAGAAAGGUCAAAGUUUAUUAUUGAUGCCCAAUAGGACGCCUGUUAUAGUAGAUCAAUUAUGGUCUGAUGACGACGAAGUUACGGCCGUUGGCCCUGGCGAAAAUGUUAAAGUUAAACUUAAGGGAAUAGAAGAAGAAGAUGUAUCGCCAGGAUUUGUUUUAUGUGACAGCUCAAACCCGACUAAAACUGGACGCGUCUUUGACGCUCAAGUUGUUAUUUUGGAACAUAAAUCAAUUAUUUGUGCUGGAUAUUCAGCCGUUAUGCAUAUUCAUUGUGUUGCUGAAGAGGUUACUGUUAAGGCCUUAAUUUGUUUGGUUGAUAAGAAAACAGGUGAUAAAUCAAAAACGAGACCGCGAUUCGUCAAACAAGAUCAAGUGGCUAUUAUGAGGAUAGAAUGCGCCGGAGUUAUUUGUAUGGAACAAUUUAAAUUGUUUCCUCAAAUGGGAAGGUUUACGUUAAGAGACGAAGGGAAAACCAUCGCCAUUGGAAAAGUGCUCAAAGUGAUCGAGUAA